AUGAUAUGGGGGGCAAUAAAAAGAAAAUCAACAUCAUUAUUUAGCAAAAAUAAAAACAAAUUGAAAGGUAUGAGAUUUGAAGAAAGAGUUGAAAGAAUGUUAAAUAAAAGAUUAUGCUUUAAUGUAAAAAAGAAUGUAAUAUUAAAAGAUGGUCAUGGUAAUAUCUCAGAGAUAGAUUUAAUGUAUGGUAUAUUUUUUAAAACCUAUGUGGAGUGCAAGUGUUAUGACAGUACCCCAGUCCCAUUAAAAGAUGUUGCAAAGUUUAAAGAAGUUUUAGCAUUAAACAAUAUUAGUUCAAGAAGAGGCCUAUUCAUUACAAAUAAUACAUAUGUUCCAAGAGCAGUAACUAUUGGAAUCAAAACUAUUGAUGGCGAUCAAUUAAAAAAAAUGGAAAAAAGAGCUCCUUUAGUGGCUAUAUCAAAAUCAAUUUUUAUUUUAACCGGAUUUGUUUUUGGUUUAGGUUGUUUGGACAUCAUCAUAAAACAUUAUCAAAAAAAUUUCGAAGAAGGUAGAAGGAGAAGAGAAAAUCCCUUUUAA